GUGAAGUUGUCAAAAUCACAAAGACACAUCGAAUCUGUGUUUACUAAAUUUUAUGUUCGUACAAUUCCUUUGUAUUUCAGUGUGCUCUUGUUAACCAGAACACUCGAAAUUUGAAUGUUGAAAUGGAAUCAUUUCAGCAGCCAGCGUUCUAUUUUGAUUUGCCAAUGGACGAUUUUGAUCCAAAUCAAGAGCCCAUCGAUGGUGAACAGUAUUUGCGAAGUGUAAUCUAUGAACGAAACCAUUGCCCAGCCGUUGUUGUGAAGCCAGUCAAAAAGAAGAAGAAGAAGAAGAACGUUGGCACAAGCCAACCAGCCAACGAACCAAACAGUGUCCGCUCCAUUUGGGAUCAGUAUGCUGAGGUGGAAAUGGAGGACAAAACGCCAACUUCGUUGUUGCCCACAGUCGAAUGGCUGAAAAUUCAAUCAAAUUUAUUCCAACAGCUGCACGACCGUAUCACACUCAUUCGCCAAACGUUCCAACCCGAUUACGAGCACGUUGAUUUACCCGAUCAGAACACAAAUGAAGCCUGGCUAGCCCAUUGUCAAGAGAAGGAGCCCCUUUUGCAAAAUAUGCUACAUAUACAUCAACGAAAUUUGGAACAGGUCAUUGAAUAUCAAUCAAAUUGGAUUGUCGACGACAUUGAUUGGUAUAUGAUCAACAAAUUCUGGUAUCCGAAAUGGGUUUACAGUUCAUUAGCUUGUUUACGACUUCCGUGCGAACCAAAUCUUCUAAAUUCGUUGCGUAAUAUCGCCAAAAUCUGUCAUCGCCUGCGAAUUAAAUUGAAUACUGAGGAGGCAAUUGACAGUGCGACACCGUUAAGUUUAAUCAUUUGUAUUGUAUCACGUAAUUUCAACCAAUUCGACUUAGGAGGGAAAACUCAAUAAAUUAUAAAUCAUAUUUGUUUGUUUCCAGUUCGAUCUAGUGAGCUAGAGACCAUUUCAAUCAUUUUAUUUUUUUUUCUCCAUCUCACAAAAUUAAAAUAAAAGCAAAUUGUUUCCAUAGAAGAAAAGCGAUAUUUGUUUGCAUCAUGUCAUGAAACGAGAAUAAAAUUUUGAAAUCGUUAUGUUGAAACCGAACCGAA